AUGGAGUUUCCGUUUGAUAUUAAUCACUUGUUCUCUGAGAGGAUCUCGGUUUUGGACCAGAGUCUUGUUGCAAGCUGGAGAUCAACCGGAAGCCCAGACCUCCAGGCUCACAUUGCCACAGUAAUUGAUGAACUUGGAAGAGCCUCAGCCAAGGCUCAACAACUCUCAGCAUCCAUAACAAGCGUCUCCAAACUGCAGUCCCAGGACCACCAGCUGUACCUGCUGAAGGACAGAGAGAGCUGCGGAGGUCGUGGUGUGGCUGUGGGAUUUUUGAAAGUAGGGUACAAGAAGUUGUUUCUGCUCAAUCAACAAGGUGUGCACAUAGAGGCAGAGCCACUGUGUGUUUUGGAUUUCUACGUUGCAGAAAAUUUGCAGCGACAUGGCUAUGGGCUGGAGCUGUUUAAUUUCAUGCUGCAGCACAAGAAUGUAGAGCCAGUACAGAUGGCGUAUGACAGGCCCUCACCCAAACUCCUGGCUUUCCUGGCCAAACAUUACAGCUUAAUGCAAGGCGUUCCUCAGGUUAAUAACUUUGUUGUGUUUGAGGGCUUCUUUCUCAACAGAACAGCCAACCAGCUGAGAAAGGCUCCCUACAAAAAGCCAGACGGAGAGAUUAAGCCUUACUCUUUGAUGGAGAGAGACGUGGUGCAUCAAGAACAUGGAACUCUUCCUUGGCCCUUUGCUCAUCCUCAGUCCCCUCAGCGGUUAGCAUCGUCACAACGCUCCUACUCUGUCAGCGUGGAAUCCUCCCCCAGCAGGGUGCUGCCUCCAUCCUCCUCCCCCAGCAGAAUGUUACCUCCAUCCUCCUCCCCUGAGAACAGCAGGGACCAGAGUGUACAGCUGCCCCACAUAGAGCGCUGCAGGACGAGACGCAGCAACCAACAGGGUUUAGCUGCCAGAUCAAAUCUGUACAGCAGACACAUGGACAGCUGGACGUUUGGACUGCUGGACAGACACUUGUCAGGUUAA